CCUAGAAGCACCGUAUUUUCCUUUCUUACAAUGGGCAUUGAUGAGAAUUCUUGGCCGCUUUGUAGAAAUAUCAACGGGCCCCUAAACAGUAUAGAGUUAUUGUGCUUUAGCCGACGAGCCUCAAAGCAAAUCCUGUAUUAUUGAUGAAACCCAUUUUACCAUUAAAAAAAAUAAUGACUCCCCUUUACAAAACCAAAACCUUGCUUUUGUUUUUCAUCAGAAUCUUCUGGCUUAUUUGCUUCAUUACUUGCCAGUCACUAACAUCUUAUAAUCACACUUGUUUAGGUCCAGAAAAUGAAAUAGCCAAUGCCAGUUAUAUAUCCAACCUUACAGCUCUUCUGGAUUCUUUACCCUCUAAAGCUUCCAAUGAGAGCUUCUAUUAUGAUAACUCAAAUGAAGUUUUUAGUCUCUUCCUCUGCAGAGGUGAUGUUUCUAGCAGUGUUUGCCAGGAUUGUGUCCACAAUGCUACUCGAACACUUAUACAAAGAUGCCCUUCUAAUAAAACAGCAAUCAUUUGGUAUGAUCAAUGCAUGUUACGAUAUUCAAACAUCAACUUCGUCGGCCUGGCGGAUCUUCGUCCAACUGUUGUAGUGCGGAAUAAUACUUCACGUGAUGCAGGAACCCCGGGUUUGGUUUCUUCUCUAGUUGAUCAGGCUCUACGUGCAGAAAAUAUGUUUGCAGCAUAUGAAAUGGCAGCGGAAAAUGGAGCAUGGAAUAGGCGUGGUCUCAUGCAGUGCACCAGAGAUCUUAAUGUUGAUAAAUGUUCUAAUUGUUUGAGGGAAUUGUUAAAUCAGGCAAACAAUUGCUGCAUAGGGACAAUAGGAUGGCAUAUUUUGGCUCCUAGUUGCUAUAUAACGUAUGAUAUGUCCCCGUCGAUUGCGUACCCACCUAGACUAGCACCACCACCGACAGGGUCUAAAGGUGCGGACCCAUCUAGACCACCGGCACCACUGCCGGAGAAUAAAGGUUCAGAUUCAGAAGGUAAAUCAAAGUGGAUUCCUAUUGGUGCAAGUUUGUCCGCGAUUUUUGGACUAACUCUGUUCUGUUCUGGAGGUGUUUUCCUUUGGAGGAGGAGAAAUUUUCAAGAGAAUAUAGAUCAUAACUGCAAAGAAGAUCGGUUAGUUGAAUUAGGAGGAAGGGUUGGCGACGACUAUUCAAUUGAAAUAUUUCAGGAUGAGAGUGGGGUGAGAUCUCAGGAGUUUCCCUCGAUUCAGUUAGAUAUUUUACAAGCAGCGACGAAACAAUUUUGUGAUGAAAAAAAACUUGGAGAAGGUGGAUUUGGCCCUGUGUACAAGGGUAAACUGGCAGAUGGUAAAGAAAUUGCAGUUAAGAGGCUCUCUAGAACUUCUGGGCAAGGGCUACUUGAGUUCAAGAAUGAAGUCUUGUUAAUUGCCAGACUACAACAUAGAAAUCUUGUGAGACUCCUGGGCUGCUGCUUCGAGCAGAACGAAAAACUGCUUGUCUAUGAAUACAUGCCCAAUAAAAGCCUUGACGUGUUCCUCUUUGAUUCAAGCAUUGGUGUGCAACUGGAUUGGCAGAAGCGCCUUAGCAUUAUUAAUGGCAUUGCCCGAGGCAUCAUGUAUUUACAUGAGGAUUCUCGUCUUAGAAUUAUUCAUAGGGAUCUUAAAGCUAGCAAUGUUUUGCUAGAUCACGAAAUGAACCCAAAGAUAUCAGAUUUUGGAAUGGCAAGAAUUUUUGGUGGAAAUCAAAGCGAGGCAAAUACAAAUAGAGUGGUUGGAACAUAUGGAUACAUGGCACCAGAGUAUGCUAUGGAAGGACUUUUUUCAGUCAAAUCCGAUGUUUUCAGUUUCGGAGUCCUCUUACUGGAGAUAAUAAGCGGCAAAAGGAACAAUCGCUUUCAUCUUUGGGAGCGUGGUGAAAGCCUCCUAACGUUUGCAUGGAAACUAUGGUCUAAGGGUCAAGGAAUGAAGCUAAUAGACCCGCUCCUUGUUAAGUCGUGUGUGGCCACUGAGGUUCUUAAAUGCAUCCAUAUUGGGCUGUUGUGCGUUCAAGAAGACCCAGCAGACAGACCUAAAAUGUCAUCUGUGAUUGUCAUGUUGGCAAACGAGACCAUAAGACUUCCUCUACCAGCAGAACCUGCAUUUUCUGUUGGACGUGUUGUUGAAGAACCAACUCAAUCCACUUCAAAUGAUAAAGUCUGUUCUGUUAAUGAGGUUACAAUUUCAAAUAUGUUACCUCGGUGAUUGAUUAGUGGUUGCAUAUUCCCUUUUUUCACUAUUCUAAGGAUGCUAGCUUCUGAACACUAAUUAAGCAUUUUUUAAGUGAAUGACACCAACAAAAGAAUUGGAGAUAUCUUCAUCAUAUAUCAAUAUACAAAAGAAAAAAAUUGGCUAGAGAUGUAUUUGAAUUUUUUUUUCAAUUCAUCUGCUCUCCUCUCUAUCCUCCAACGUCACCCGUGGCAAUCGAUUUUUACAACACAACCUCUGGCAGAAACUCUGACGUGGUUUACGGGCUGUUUCUCCGCAGGGGUAAUGUUUCAAACAGUAACUGCGAAGAAUGUCUCUACUGCCAUCAACAACAUCACUCAACAAUUAAUUGAUAUUUUUACCGCUAUUCUUGAAAUAAUGAAUAUAGCCGACUCCAUAGUUUAUUACCUGUGUCUGGAGAUCCUAACUCCUUUAAAAUGCGCUACCUCCUGAGAG